CACAUGUCGUCCGUCCCGAGUCAGCUGCAAUUACAAACGGCAGAGAGGGGCUCGCUUGGGUCGCUGCCGCCCGACUGUCCAUUCCUCACGUGGUCUGGCGCAACAAACACACGAUGGCGACAGCUCUUGCACAGCAGCGCCUGCGCCGCCGCCUCGAUGGAGACGACAACAUGCUGAACAUUGGCCUCGGUAUUGCGAUCGGCUUGAUUGUGCUCGUCGUGGUCGCGUUCUGGCUGUACCAGCGACACAAGAACAAACGGCGACUAGAGGAACGCCACGCGCGACGAGCGGCUAACCAGCGAGGAAACAUGCGCCAAGGCGGAGACGAAGAAGUCGACCAGCGCACGAUCAAUUUUAACGGACGACAGGCACCUCCGUCGCACCACAACAACGCGGCCGCGAAACACGGCCGCCCGCCAUCGCACGGCGACAACUACGUCCUCGAGGACGACGAGUACCGUCAUGUGAACAACAAGAAGUCUGCAGCAAAGCAAGCGCUGUUCCAAAUGGACCAAGACAUGCUCGAUGCCAAGCUCGACUUCAAUGCGAUCCAGUACACGCGCAAGCUGACCAAGGGCGCGUUCGGAGAAGUCUGGCUCGGCCAGUACUGUGGAAAGUAUGUCGCAAUCAAGCAAAUCUUGGAAGAGCGCAAGAACGACGCCAAGGAAAUCGAGUGCUUUGUCGCUGAGAUCAAGCUCAUGCUGAAUCUCAAGCACCCCAACAUUUUGGACUUUUUGGGAUUCUCGUGGAACCCCAAGGACCACAACUUGUGCUUUCUGACCGAGUACAUGAAGAACGGCGACUUGUUUUACUACCUCCAAAAGCGCAAGACGGUCUUGUCGUGGAAGCGCGAGAAGAUUCAGCUCGCGCUCGACAUUGCGCAGGGCCUUGUCUACCUCCACUCGCUCACGCCCAAGAUCAUCCAUCGCGACCUCAAGUCCAAGAACGUCCUGCUCGAUGAAAAGUUUACGGCGAAAAUCAACGACUUUGGCAUUUCUCGCGUCCGGCAGUUUGAAGAAACCAUGACGGCCGGCGUCGGCACGGCGUUGUGGGCCGCGCCCGAGGUCUUUAUGGCGAAAAAGUACAACGACCGCGCCGACGUGUACUCGCUCGGCGUGGUCUUGUCGGAACUCGACACAUGCGCGAUUCCGUUUGCGGACCAAGCGAUCGGCAAGAACGGCAAGUUGGACGGCAUGGCCGUGAUCAAACUCGUGACCCAGAAGCGCGCCAAGCCCACAUUCAGUCCGCAGUGCCCGCCGCCCGUCCUCGACCUCGCCAUGCGCUGCCUCGACUACGAGCCCGAGAACCGGCCGUCCGCCGCCGACGUCGUCGAGUUGAUUCAACACCAGAUCAAGCCCGCGUUGGAAGCGUACUAACGCCGCCACCGUCUCGACAGUCACCCCCACGUUUUCGUUGUAUUGGUAUAACCGUGCAAACACCCCCAGUCCCCGCUUCCA